CGGAUCAGUACCCGGAGCGGAGACAGAAGCGGUGCGGGACAGACUCGGACAGGGAUCGGGAGAGGAACGGGAGUCCCGGGGACCGGGGAUCAGCGCUCGGAGCGGGGACAGACCGGGACCCGGACCAGACACGAUGCUGUCUCUCCGGCCGCUGCCGGUCGCGCUGCUGCUGACCUGGGUAUCCGUGUCGUCGCCUUUGAGGAAGAGCCGGCAGGCAGAUUACUGGGGCCCCUGGGGAGAGUGGGGAGAAUGCAGCCGGACCUGUGGAAUUGGCGUUACCUUCCGACAACGUCGCUGCUAUUCAAACCGGAGGGACGGUGGGAGCAGUUGUCUGGGACCGCUGAGAGACUACCGUGUUUGCAACAUACAGGACUGUCCGGAAGGGUCGAGGGAUUUCCGGGAAGAGCAGUGCUCCGCCUUUGAUGGAACCGAAUUCCAGGGAAAGAGGUACAAGUGGCUGCCAUAUUACGGAGCUUCCAAUAAGUGUGAGCUGAACUGCAUCCCUCAUGGGGAGAACUUCUAUUACCGGCACAGGGAGGCUGUGAAGGACGGGACACUCUGCGAACCCGGAAACCGCCACAUCUGCAUACAGGGCGUCUGCAAGACAGUCGGCUGUGACAACACGUUGGAAUCAUCACAAACUGAGGACAAGUGCUUGGAGUGUGGAGGGGACGGCAGUAGCUGUUAUGAAGUCAGGGGGAUGUUUGACACUGUUGAUUUGCCCAAAGGUUACAACCAGAUCCACAUCAUUCCCAUUGGGGCCAUGAGUAUUCACAUCCGGGAGGUUGUCCCCACACGGAACUUUCUCGCCCUGAGGAAUGCCCGGGGUGAGCACUACCUGAACGGGGAGUGGACCAUCGACUACAGCCGCGCCCUCUACAUCGCCAGCACCGUGCUGCACUAUGCACGCGGCUCCGAGGGGGACCUGGCACCCGAGGUGAUCCACGCCCGAGGGCCCACCUCUGAACCCCUCAUCCUCGAGAUCAUUAGCCAAGAACCCAAUCACGGAAUUGAAUACAAGUACUACCUGUCGCACCACCGGAAGCAGCCACAGGGUUACUUCUGGAGCGUGGGAUCCUGGAGUGUGUGCAGCAAGGAGUGUGGGGGUGGUUUCCAGACGAGACUGGUCUUCUGCACCAUUGACAAUGAGGCGUACCCAGACUACCUGUGCCAAGAACAGGUCCGGCCCAGCAACAACAAGACCUGCAACCCCCAGAGCUGUCCCCGGACUAAGCGGAUUUCAUUCAUAAAUCCACCCAGUCUCUGGAGUUGGAGGCAGUGCCUGACAUCGAGAGUUUACAGCUGGAAGACGGGCGGCUGGAGUGGGUGCUCGGUGACGUGCGGAGGAGGGGUGCAGACCCGGUCCGUGUACUGCUCGGUGUCGGACAGCAGUGGAAGGGAGACGGUGCGGGACGACUCGGACUGUGCCGCCGUCAGGGAGAAGCCACCCACACAGCAGGUGUGCAACCUGCUGCAGUGUGCGUCCUGGAGAACCGGCCGCUGGUCACAGUGCUCGGUAACCUGUGGUGAGGGGGUUCGCACCAGGACUCUCUCGUGUGUGGCACCGUCAGGCAGCCAGCUCCCGGACUUCGUGUGCUCCUCCCAGUCGAAGCCCACCAGCACCCAGGCCUGUGUGCUGCAGAGCUGUAGGGACACCUUCUCCUGGUACAUUGGGGCCUGGGAAUCGUGCUCGGUGACCUGUGGCGAGGGGUUCCAGUCCCGUCCUGUCUCUUGUAUGUCCCAGCUGGGGGGCCAGCUGCCAGACUUCGUCUGUUCCUCACAGCCCAAGCCCUCUGCUGUCCAGACCUGCAUCCGGGAUCACUGCCGUGUCUUCUCCUGGCACGUUGGUGCUUGGGGUCUGUGCUCCAAGAGCUGUGCGUCAGGCCGCAGAAAGCGACAGGUGAUCUGCUACGACCAGGACCGGAACUACCAGGACCCGAGCAAGUGCGAUCCCAGAGCGUACCCAAGGGAGAUGGAGGUCUGCAACACCCAGCCCUGCUACCUGCCGCAAGCGGUUCCAAGUUUCCCAGAUCCCACCGGAUUUGAUCCAGAUAAGGAGUUUAUAACCAUUCCGUACAUUGAAUCCGUCACAUCCUCUGAAUGGUUGUACCCAGAAUUCCCGCCGGAUCGAGCUGAGACAAAUCUCCUCCCAGUCCCAUCAGCACCAGAGGAGUCAGACCUGUCAAGGUUUCACCAGUACAUCUCUGAAUCGGAUUCCCCUGCCUCCGGACCACUGAACAACCCAUCGAGUUCUCAGUUGCGCCAGGAACUGCUGGGCCCAGAGGUGUGGGACUGUAACACAGAACCUUAUGGGUGUUGUCCGGAUGGUUACGCUGCAGCCAGGGGCCCAGGAGGAGCAGGCUGCCCUCUCAUCCCCUGCUACAAAAGCAGGUACGGGUGUUGUCCAGAUGGACUGACGUCUGCCAGAGGGUUUAACCAGCUUGGGUGUCCGAGGCAUCCAACUGAUGAUCUCCUCGAUGGAGGUGAACAGAUCUCCGAACCGAGGGUGACGGCUCGGAACAGCCCACCGGAUGAGUGCAGGAAUUCGAUGUACGGCUGCUGUUGGGAUGAGACCUCCUUGGCCCUGGGACCGAACGGUGAAGGGUGCAGGGAUGGGCCCAGCCUCCUCUACCCCACCCACUGUCAGCUCUUGUUUGCCAAUGGCCCAUGUACAGAGUGGACCGUCCGCUGGUUCUUCAUCCCUGGAUCCGCUGUCUGUAACCGCUUCUGGUACGGAGGUUGUCACGGAAACCGGAACAACUUUGAGACAGAGGACGAGUGUCUGCGUCAGUGCAAGAGGAUGGCUGUUGGGGGUGGGGCUUCUAGUGCCCCGGCCGAACACCCCCAUUGGUGGACUCCUCACACAGGGCAGCAGAACCAGCCCGGGCAUUCGUCCAACAGGGACCCCUCCCCUGCUGAGCGGGAACUGCCUGUCUACAGGUUACAGAUAGACCGAAGGGAUGCUGUGUUCGUGGAGACCAGGCCCGGGGAAACAGCCCUCUUACUGUGCAGGGUGGAUGCCUCACCAUCUCUUCAUGUGGAGUGGCACAGAAAUGGGAGGCCGGUGUUCUCACCCAGGCACAGCAAAUAUUCCGAUGGUUCGCUGGUGAUCAGCCGGGUUCAGCACCAAGAUGCUGGAUCGUACACCUGUCACGUGUCGAACGGACGUGAUCAGGACUUUCGCCGAGUUGAGCUAAAGGUCCAAGGUGAGCUGGAGAUCACAGAGCCUCCACAGAAUGUGCGUGUGGCCUUGGGGGGACGAGCCGAGCUUCCCUGUGUGGUGUCUGACGGCCGGGCACAUGUGCGAUGGACCAGGAAUGGGAUCCCUCUGAGAGCGGACACUGACCAUGUCUCCAUUUCACCGGGUGGUACCUUGACUUUGCACAACGUUCAGUUGGGAGAUUCUGGGACUUACACCUGCAAUGCGUACAGUGGAUCUCGUUCUGUCAGUGCCAGCGCUGAGCUGACAGUCAUAUCCACAGAAGCAGUGAUGCCCCCUACAGCCCUUGAUUCGUUGUGUGUGGACUUGCCAGAGCUGGCAAACUGUGACCUGAUAAUGCAGGCCAACCUGUGCUCCAACCAGUAUUAUGCCAGCUUUUGCUGUUCAACUUGUUCCAAACGCCAGACUCACAACCGGCCGCUGCAGCAGGGAUAACGGGGCCAUGCACGGACAGCGGUGGCUCGCAGGUCCACUUGCAAUGACACGCACAGGACUACUGUAGAAUAUGAACAAGAACUUCUCUACAAGUAACUUUUGAAAAUUCAUACCACUUCUAAAUAUACAAGCAGUGAUAACUUUUAAUUAUUCAGAAACUUGUAAGUACGUUUGAAGACAUUAUGUAUGUAAAUUUAGAAUUAAAAGUUGAUGCAUAAUCUUUAAUUAUGUGAUGUAGAGAAAACAAGGAUGGGAGGUUUAUUCCCUUCCAAAGAGAGAUUUCGAUAUUUAUCUGCAAACAGAAUUUGUGAAGAGAUCUUGGCAUUUUUAUGUGGAAUGUUGACAAAUUGGAUACACUCACUGAAUUAACAUUUCUUCCACUGGACUCAACUGUUUUGAGCACACUGUCACUCCUUUGCAGACUCUCAAAGCAUACUUUUAAGGACAAGAUGUUUCUGUCAAAGUAUAUUGUGUACUGUUUAUUAACAUUUCCAUGAAAGGCAAAUUAAACAACUUAUUUUGAAUCGAUGCUUUUUUUUUGUAUUUUAGAUGAUGGCAAAGUACAAUAAUUUUUUUUUGAUCACAGGAAUUAAAACACAAAUGGGUGUUGGCAGACAUCCUGCCAGGAUGGGUUUAAGUUAAAACUGCACUUAUGAUCUUCUUUACACUGUGCAAAAUCAACCUUUCUGCCACCAGUUAACAGAUCUACUCAACAACUAUUUCUUCCCAAGAAUAAGUCUAGUUAAAUGCCCAAAUUUCCUUGCAUAGCUUUUUAGCCUUUUUAAUAUAGUGGUUAUAUUUAGUUAUCUUCGCAAUUUGAGUUAAAAUGCGUGCUUUGAUCUGAGAUUUGCUGG